UGUCAUUCUCUCACAGAUAGAAUCCUAUGAUAACAUGAUCCAGCCAAUUAUAGAGUCCUUCGGCUUCAUGACGCCCCUGGCGCUGGACGUCCUCUCAUAUAUGCUUCCACUUCACCUCGCAGAUACGUCCCGUCAUAAAUUGCAGGAUAAUGGUAUCCAUGUUUCUCAUUGGUUUCAGUAUCUCGCUAAUUUUACCGGUGUAUUUUAUCGCGUUUACCCACAAACUGAGCUUCGGUGUCUCAUCGAUUUUCUUCUGCUUCGCCUCAAGGCAGGUGGCUCUCACGAGCUUCUUGUCUUCAAUGAACUUCUGGCCCGCAUGGGCGGUUGUGAAGUGCUCGAAGACAUAUCUGACGCUCAGCUUGGCGGUCUUGCGGGCGGCGAGGUACUCCGUCGUGAAAUAUUCGCUUUCGAGAAAGCAUCCAAACGUGCUAUUUCACGUCUGCAAGACGCUUUGUGCACACCCGACAAGGCUGCACCAAUGCUUGCUUUAGUCGCCCAGCAGCGCGGGUAUGCGCUAUUCAAGGGAGAGAUGGAUCAUGUAAAACUUCUCGGGCAGCUCUUUGAUCGAUGCCAGUUGGUUUUGGUCCAGCUAGUUGAGUUUCUCUCGCGCUCAACUGAGCGUCCGACCAACCUCAUAACGCAAGAAAAACACUCGUACUUUGAGCUUUUGCCUGACCUACAAACUCUCUGUGGUGCGAUGUGCAUCGAGCCUCAAGUCGCUUUUCAUGCCGCACGACCGUUGAUGGCAGCAGCAGCAACAGCUCAACGAAAUGCCGCGAAGAGUCAGCUCGAUACAACAACAAAAACCGCAUGCGGAUCAAAUGGUGGUAAACCGAGUAGGUGGGAUGCAGACGGUGAAACUGUGAGGGCUGCCUUACUUGCCGCAUCGCCAGCACAAAUGUGGGAGGCAAUGACGAUUGAAUUCUACCUUACGUUCUGGUCGCUAUCCCUCUAUGACAUUAAGGUGCCUACUAAGGCCUAUGACGCGCAAAUCACUCUCCUUCGGGCAAAGUACAGUACUACACAGCGUGAGGUUGAGGAACCAGAGAAGCGCAGGAAGGAAAUGGCACGUUAUCUUGGCACAAUCGAAGCACUUUCAUCAGAGCUCGCUACACAAAAAGAGCACUGCAAGCAGGUCCUUGGCGAACUCCAGGCUAGUCGUGGCACGCUCUUGGGGGCAGCCGAAGACCAACGUCGCUCCAUCUCAGAGUCUGUGCUACAAUAUUGUGUAAUGCCACGUAUCACAAUGACACCAGAAGACUCUCUCUUCUGUGCCAUCUUUUUCCAUAAGCUCCACACGAUAGAGACGCCCAACUUUAGCAGCCUCCAAUACUAUGACCGAGUUGUCAAAGAUGUCUUCCCCGUUGUCUACUGUGCAACGGAUCGUGAGGCCAGCUGUCUUGGCAUAUUCCUCAAGACGACAUUCGAGCCAUUGAAGCGCUGGCGCUUUGACAAAUAUCUCUUCGAAAAAGAAGCAGCUUCCAAACCAGGUUUCUCAGUUGCCAUCGGCUCUCCUGCGCGCUGCUCAUAUGAUCAGUACUGCACGGUGUUUUUUAAAUGGUUCGACAAGAUCACAAAGAUUGCUCUUCAUUGUCUCGACCAGUAUCAGGACCAUGGUCGAGCCUGCCUUCUUGUCCUCAUCAAGCUUGAUGGCGUUUACCCUGCCCGCAGACGUGUGAAUGCCCUUCUAAUGGACAAGCUGGACAUCAUCAGGAAGCAAGAGGAUAUGAAGGAUGUCCAAGCCAUGGCCCAGCGCUACCACACACUCCUCAAUAAGCGGAAAGAUUCCCUCUUUGAUGAUGUUGUGAGUAAGCGCGAAGCGCCUUUCGCAAAGACACAAAACUCAAUUAUCCCUAGCAAACGCCAACCGAACUCGGCUGCAAGGCAGGCAUCGCCUGACAAGACUAAGGCGAGCUUGGCUGUCCCAAGCCCUGCCGGUAAGACUGGGCCUACAGAAGCAAUUGCUUCAACAAUGCCAUCCUCGGUGAUUUCACUCAAAUAUGAUACCGACUCUUCGAUGCGAAUUCCUCCGGGCCAGAAGAGUACCAGUACCGCAAGCGUCAAGGGAGACUCGCAUGUCAAGGAGCACAUCUCAUCUCCGACAAGCGGCAGCGCUGAAGCAUCCUCUAAUGUGCUAAUGCGAUCAAACCCUAAUGCAGUAGUACAGCCAAAAUUACAGGAUGGAGCGCAAAGUCGCCCUAUUCGUGCUUCUAGCACGACCGAUUGUGAUUCUAAGUCCACUAAACACGGCGCAUCACGGAGUGGUCGCAGUAAUCGAGAUGAUCUUGAAAUCGCAACAAGUUCACAUCACCGCAAUCGAGGCGACGCACCCAUGCAUGUACGCACGGCUGAACAUCCAAUCGAUCGCUGUAAAUAUUCUGAUAAUGCAAGACCUAUAGCCUCGUCCUCAACUUCACAUCUUGUAAAGUCUAGUGCUGCUACUCGCCGGUUGGAAUCCAAACGAAUUCGUCCCAACUCAGCUCAGAAUCAGAGUGAUGCUGAUCGUCCAAUUCCGAAACGCAGCCGCGAAGAGGAGCGGCGGCGGGGAGGCCGUAGGUGAAAACUGUACACAUGCUGGGAGUAGGCCCAGUUUCGGGUCGUGACGAAGGUGAAAAUUGGCGCAUUUUUUUGGUGCGGUUCGGCGGUAGCGUUCGGCGAUGGUCUUUGAGGCUCUAGAAACGACCGUAGGGGCGCCAAGGGGCUUCGUUUUGGGGCUAAACGACGUCGCUUUGCCCGCGGGAAAAUCGACGCGUUCCGGUUUGGGGGCCGCCCGGCCCCCCGGCGCCUGAGUAAAGCCCCCAGCCGCCGACCCAAAAUUGUCGGGGGCGUUAGGAAGUUAGGAUAGUUUAUUAGCUCCCUAACGUCGCUAUGACGUC